AUGCUUGUUGCUUUGCAGGAAGAGGCUAGAGCAGCAGCAAAAGCACGGGCGGCAGCCUUUGAACGUGGCGAGCUGCCGGAGCCUGAGACCAAGGCUGAGGCCCCAAAGACGGAGCCAAAGGCGGUGCCGGCAAAAGAGGAACCCCAAGAAGUGCCGCAAGCUCAAGACGAGCCUGAGGAUUGGGAAGCAGAGGCGGAGAAGGACGAACCCAAAAUUGAAGAAAAGCCAAAAGAAAAAGAACAGGUGAAAGAGAAAGAAGCACCAAAAGAGACAGAAGAGCCGUUGCCAACGGUUAAGAAGCAAGAAAGGCAGCCUGAAGUUGCCCCUCCGCCUGAAGAAGCUGUAGAGGAGGAGGAAGAUGAGGUGAAACUGGAAUCGGGGAAAGAUUCAGAGAAGAAGAUUCCAGACCCCCGCCCACAUCUCAAUGUUGUGUUCAUUGGCCAUGUAGAUGCUGGGAAGUCCACCACAUGCGGCAACAUUUUGUUCUUGUGUGGCAUGGUGGACGACCGCACAAUCGAGAAAUACAAGCAGGAGGCAGCAGGGAAAGCAGGUGAAAGUUGGUUCCUUGCCUUCAUCAUGGACACCAGCGAGGAGGAGAAAGUCAAGGGCAAGACUGUCGAGGAUGAACAAGUGAUAUUCUUACCAAUGUCCGGCUUGAUGGGUGAUAACAUCAAAGAGAAGAAGGGCACUCCUUCCUGGUAUGAAGGCCCGACCUUGCUUGACGCCCUUGACGGCAUCACAGUACUUCGCAAGGCCGAAGGACCUGUCAGAAUUCCAAUGAUGGAGGGCUACAAAGACAUGGGUGCUGUCACUGCGAUCGGAAAGGUUGAGCAGGGUACCAUAAAACCCGGCAUGAAGUGCAUCGUGAUGCCAACCUACAACAAGUGCACGGUGACCUCAGUUUUUAUCAACGACGUUGACAUGCAGUAUGCAACGUGCGGCGAAAAUGUGACCUUGAAGAUGUCAGGCAUCAGCGACGAAGAACUCAAAAAGGGCUACGUCCUUUGUGCCGACAAAACCCCAAUUCCUGUCGUCUCCAAGUUCAAAGCCACCAUCCAUGUGAUUGAGCUAGGCCCGGACAGACCUGUCAUGACUUCAGGGUAUGUUGCUGUCAUGCAUGCACACACAGCCAGUGAAGAGUGUGAGAUUCUAAAGCUCUACGAGACGAUGGUCAUCCAGACCAAAAAGAAAGAGAAGAAUCCACAGUUUGCUAGGCCGGAUUCAGUUGUUGUUUGCAGCAUCAAGCUUGCAAGACCAACAGCUGUGGAUACAUUUCAGUCUUCGCAGCAGCUGGGCCGCUUCACUCUCCGGGUGGAUGGGAGAACCAUUGCAAUUGGAAAGAUUACAGAGCUGCCCAAGACAGCUACUGAAAAUGCAUAA